CGUAAAAAAAUUAGUGAAUGUUCCAGAAGGUACUGGAAGAAGAAUUAGUAUUAUGUUGCAUCAUUUGACGUUAAUUGAUUAAAAUCAUCAAAAUCUGACGAUAAAAUGUGUUAAAAUAAUGUCUUUCUUUAAAAAUUAUACUUUAUCAAUUAUUCAAUUUUAAAAAACUUUUAAAAAAUAUUUAUUAAGUGAUAUUAACAUUUAAAUUCUAUUACAAAAUUCAAAAAUUUAAUUAAAUAAUUAUUAAUUAACUUGUUUAUACUAGUUUAAAUGCGAAAAAUUGUUUAAAAAUUUAACAACAUUUUUAAAAAAUGUAUAUUUGCCAACUUCACACCGGUUGUAAACGUCAUUGUCAUUGCUGUCAUUGUCACAUUGACAGGAAGUGGAAGAAACAUAACCUCAUAUAACUUGUUUUUUGUUAUUUUUGUUUACUGACAAAGAACAAGUGUUUUGAAAAAAUUAAUUCUCCUAUUUGAAAUUAUUUAGAAUGUUGAUUCUGAUAAGGUUAUUAAGAUUUAUUUCUUAAAUUACCUGUGAUUUUUUACUGCAUUCUACCAUACAGUAAUGUUUAUUUAAAUUAUAUAAUUAUUGUGUGAGUGUCCUCACAGCUGAAAUCUCAUUGAUUUUUAUCAAUAAAAAAAAAAAAAGAAUGUCACGAAGAGAACAAAACGUACUUCGUAUGAUUUGGAGAGAUUUCAUUUCAUCAAUAUUUGUAAGAGCUGAAAAACCAAAGCUAAUGGGUGAAGAUUUUUAUGGAACAAAAUAUUUUGAAACUCCUCCAAGACGUGGAUCAUCUAAAAGACCAGCACGUCAUUUUGAGCCUGUUAAUAAAGAUGAUCAUGAACAAGAAAUACCCGCAGAAUGGGAGGCUUGGUUACGAUAUCGUCGACGUGUAGUACCAACAAAUCAAGAAGUUGAAGAAAAUUAUAAACUAAUAUUAACGAAACGUGAAAAUGCAGCGAAACUUGUGGAAAAAUAUUCAGGGAAAGAAAUUGAAAAAAUAAAUCCACCAAUGCCUGCAAGUAAUCCCGGUAAUUUUCCAGUUUACGAAGAGUAUCAAGAUGUAGAAGUAAAAUAUCAACCUCAUGUAAAAAAAUAAAUAAUAAGAAUAGAUUAGGAAAAUUUUGUAAUAUAAAAUGUUGAUAGAUUAAUAAAAAAAAUUUACAUUAAUUCAAAAAAAAAA